UGGAAGAGACAGCUACACCGGCAGCAACCAGGAAGACAUCCUCUAUCUGCUAUCCCAAAGCUCACGAAUUCCUCGCUUUCCAAUAGACAAGAGUCACUGGGCGAGUUCUUUUUAAUUAUACUGCCCACCAACUCGUCGACCCGACAUUUCUGCUCAACUCACCGGAAAAUGGCCAUGCCGAUGCCGCCACCGCCGCCCGCAGGCAUGCCUCCGAUGGGGCCGAUGGGUCCGAUGGGGCCGAUGGGGCCGAUGGGACCGAUGGGUCCGCCGCCGGCAGCCGACAUGGCUGGGAUGGGGACGAUGCCAGUGAUGCACGCGGCCUUCUUCUGGGGGCACCGAGCGCAGGUACUCUUCCGCGACUGGCCCGGAGACCGUGCCGGCGCAGGUAUGUACGUCCUCUGCCUCUUCAUCGUCCUCACGCUCGCCGCGCUCGUGGAGGCCCUCUCCGCGGCGUCGAGGGGGGUCUCCAGCCGCCGGCCGGCCGUGGUGCUGGCGCUCACGGGGCUCCACGCGGUGAAGAUGGCGCUGGCCUACCUGGUGAUGCUGGCUGUCAUGUCGUUCAACGUCGGCGUCCUCCUCGCUGCCGUCGCCGGACACGCGAUCGGGUUCCUCCUCGCGCGGAGCGCCGUGUUCCGCCAAGCGACUCCGGGUGACGCGCCACAGAACGGUGCUCUCGUUCCCUCGGAGGCUGAGCCCAAACCUUAAGCUGACAUGAUUAGAUGCUGGAAAUUGUUUUAUUAAGACCCGGAUGGAUACUGAAUAUGGGAAGUAUAUGUACGGAGUACAUUCUAGAAAAUAGAUUAUUCUAGUACUCCUCCUCCUUGGUUCGACAUAACUUUAUAAAAAACACAACCUGACGGAAUUCUCAAAUUUAAUUUUUCAAACGAAUUAGACCCCACAUGGAGGUCUCUCCCUCAUGAUUGACAAGGAUGAGGGUGAAGGGGCAACGCACACACAUGAUUUCGAAAAGUCCGGUGUUCUGAUCCGCCUCCCGGAACAAGAGGCAGAGAGCUUCUGGAGAUGCACCGACAACCGCGAGAUCAAUAUAUAUGUUUGAACUAUGUUUAAAAUUUGUAUUAUUAAGUGCAAACAAUUUGUAUUCGUGUGCACAAAACUAUGUUUGGCCAAAAUGAUCGACGCAAAUGUCUUGAAAAUAGGAGCUGUGGUUGCAAAUAACAAGAUUUGAUGCCCGUUGUCCGCGGGCGCGUCUGCAGAUAUUAUGUCUCGGAUUAGCUACCUAUGGUUGUAGAUGCUUUUCUGUUUCUAAUUGGGCACCAGAUUCUAUUCUUGAUAAGCAGGCACCAGGUCGUACAAUAUGUUGAAUAUUGCUCCAGUGCGAGUUACAUCUAUAGUUGCACACUGUAUCAUAGUUUUGUGGAGUUCCUAUGCUUCUGUAGAUGGAUUUUGUCGCUGCUUUUCAGAAUUCAUCAAAUUUUCCACAUGACGUAUAAUAUAAUAAGCACUGUUACAAAUUCGCUGAUUUAACACGGUUGACAGCUAGAGCACAAGGCCAAAAGAAACUCUUUUACCGGAGUUGGAGAACAAUAAAUGUAGGCACAAGGCCAGAAAGAGGAGGGGCACUCAGCUACUUCUACAGCUAACUACAACUCCCGUCAGUUUAACCAGACUGACUCAAAUUCACGUUCUUCACAUUCAUGUGUCAUCCCGGAUGCCGCGCCACCUACACAAGCGCCUCGUCCAACUCAGAGUCACCGUGCUGCCUCAAGGCGAUGUGAAGAACCAACUGGAUAACAGCGCAGGAGAAUCCUACCAAGCUUGGGUACUGCAUUGAGGCCGAUGAGAUGUGGAGAACUACAGUUAGACAGUUGGUCAUGGUUUGGAACAGGAAACACACUACUUCAUACUUACAAAGAUG